AUGGCAUCACUGUGGCUUCAGUCAGCGUCUCUACUGGUCUUACUGGUCAUGCUGUGUCCAGACAGCUCAAGCACUCAAGAAAUCCCACUGCAGCACCUAUGUGGCUCUCACCUGGUCGAGGCACUUAAUCUUGUUUGUGGGAGCAAAGGGUUUUACUCCAGCACUAGGAGAGACGUCUUACCGAGCAACGAGAACGACAUUAAGGACCAGAUGGGGAGGAUGGUAAAGCGACACAUUGUGGAGCAGUGCUGCCACAAGCCCUGCAGCUUGGCUGUACUGGAGAUGUACUGCAACUGA